AGCCGAACCUAACCCAGAGAAGGGGCGAGGGGCGGCAGCGCCCGGGACGGCCCGCGGCCCAGGGAGGCUGGGCGCGGGUCCCCGGCCAGGCGGGAGGCUCUGGCGCUGGACCGGGGGAGCAGAGCUUGCCAUGGAGGAGGCACCCAGCCCCGCGCCCGCUCUUUGGAACUCAGACUACCUGGACCACUGCUUCGCCGACCACCGCGUCUGCAUCUCCUUUGGCCUGUGGAUCUGCGCCUGCUGCUGCUGGAUCGCCGCCCACGCACUGCUUCUCUAUCUGAUGUGCGCAAAGAGAUCCGGACAGGCCCAGUCGGCGCUUUGUGCUGCGUGCUGCCUCCUGACCAGCCUGUGUGACACGGUUGGGGCGAUUCUGGCCAGGCAGCUCACGAUCCAGGUAUUCACUGGUGCCUACCUAGCAGCUGUUGACUUGAUGAACUUUGUGUUCAUUCUUUUCCCAAUCUGUGGCUCCAAGUUCAAGUCUAAUUUGGGUCACAGGUCCCAGGAGAGGAAGAGGAGGCAGCGGCUCAGGGCCAGCGUAUUUGUCCUGAUGCUGCCCCUGAGCCUGGGCCCCUGCUGGGCUCUCUGGGCUGCUGCCCCAAAGGCCUCAGGCCUUGUCCAAGGGCCACAGCGGAGGCUGCUGGGAAGCCUGCUGCAGGACAACACUGACGUUUUUGGCUACCUGCUGGGUGGCAUCGCAGCCUUCGGCUCCUGGGCGUCCCGGAUCCCCUUUCUCUCCAGAAUCUGCCGGGGUAAGACAUUUUCCUCCAUCCACCUGUGGGCGCGGCUCCUGUUGGCCCUGGCUGGUCUCCUCUACGCCUCAGCCAUUGUGGCCCACGACCGGAGUCCUGAGUACCUGCUGCGGGCCACACCCUGGUUCCUGACGUCCCUGGGCCGUGCUGCGCUGGACCUCGCCAUCAUUUUCCUUUCCUGCGUGAUGAAAAGCAAGAUGAGGACGGCCUUGGGAUUCGCCUCUGAGGCCAGAGAGAGCCCGGACACCCAAGCCCUUCUGACCUGUGCAGAGAAAGAGGAAGACAACGAAGAGGCAAGGAACGAGAACUUGGAUUGGGUGCCUCUCACUACGCUGCCGCACUGCAAGUCCCUCAGGGCCACAGCAGCCAUCAGUCGCUACAUGGAGCUGACCAUCGAGCCGGUGCAGCAGGCAGGCUGCAGCGCCACCAGGCUGCCGGGGGAUGGACAGAUGUGCUCGGGAGCCGUGUCCCUGCAGGAACCCCCCUCGUACCCUCCCAUUCGAGUCAUCCGGGCCCGUGUGUCCUCCAGCAGCUCCUCCGAGGUCCCUUCCGUCAACUCCGACGUUGAGUGGGCCCCUGAAGAUAUAAGCCUUGAAGGGAACAAAGACGACGUGGAGAUGCUUAGAUCCCAGAUGCACAAGUGCUCUAUGAGGCCAGUUGACUUGAACUCUGAGGAGUGACACUUUUUGGAGCCACCUCAACAGCUCAGAGCCCAAAGCCCAGUGUCAGGAACUGAGCAGGCCUCAACUGGCAGUGACACCCAUGGCAGGCAUUUAAGCUUUGCUGAGUCUGCUCAACGAAGUGAGGAACCAAGAGCUGUCACUGACCUUGGCUUGUCUGUGCCAUGCUCACAAUGGAGUGAAGACUUUGGGUCCUGUGGACAGACUUGACAUGCUCAGAGUUCUGAAAAUUUGAAGUUCACACAGAACUCUUGUGAAACAUAAGUCAUCUAAAGUUACUUUUUCCCCUUUCUCAGAGCAUGAUUCAACCAUGCUCUGAACAUCUGCUAGGUGCCAGGGAUGAGUUCAUCUAAAAAUAACUAAUGUCUUUGAAUCUCAGUAGAGCCCCAUUCUGCAAGACCUGACUAAGCCUAGAUGAGAGGGUUGCACCCACAUGCUGGGGGCCUGGGACACAACCACAGGUACUGAUGGGAACUGGCUCCUGCCUUCUGCUCACCCACCUGAGUUUUCUGCUGGAGGUUAGAGAUAGAGCUUCGAAGACACCAUGGUGGGCAGGUCACUGAUGUGCCUCAGGCAGGCCACAGCUCAUGGGUGAGCUUUUCAUCCCCAGGGCCACAACUUCUCAGGAUGCAGAAAUGUACAGUGAUGGAUGCAGUGUGAACAUGGGGAACAUGCCUAAUCCAAGUGGGAACAGCAGGAUAGGAGGAGGGUUCAUUUUUAAAAAGGCAGGGACAUGGGGAUAAGAUGACAUCCCUGAAGUUCGCCUUUAGCACAGGCGAUGCUGCUUUCUCAAGGGGAUGCUGGCUCAUGCUCCGAGGCACCAAAAAUUGACUGGACCCUGAUGGAAAUGGCCAUUCACCCAAGAACAUCAAAUGACCUUGCUAUGUGUGGAACAUCUUACUAUACCUUCCUUUCAAUUUUGCUGUAAAUUAGAAACUGCUUUUAAAAAAUAAAGUCUUUAGAUAAUGAUCUUGCUGACUCUCAGCACCACAAACUACUUGAGCUCCAGGUGCCUGACUUCCUAGAUCCUUUCAUUCCAGACACUUUCUUCCCAGACCAGCUCCUAUCAUCAGGGUCCAAGCUUGUCUCAAAGCUGAAUCCUGUGUCUCUUCUUCCAGGGUCAGCUAUGAAAUAUGAAACUGGGAAUUUCAGAAGUUUGCCCUCAUCAUUCAAUGAGAAUCUGCCUGUUCUGCAAAGCUUGUAACUGGAGCCUUUGUGAAGAGGUGCUAACCUAAAUGCCUUUCUCCUAGUAGGAGUGUCCCUGCCUCCAACACAGCUUCCUCACUAGCUGUUAGGCCAGGGGGAAUAAUGGGAGUUACUUGCUCUGAAGACUCACUGAACAGUGCAGGGGGUUACCUACACUGGGGAGAGGAUGGGGAGCAAAUGUGUAAUCCUCUUCGGCCCACUCAUCUGGAAAUGAGAGAUGGUGUCCUACAGUGUUAGUCGUGCCACCUGUAUUCUGCAUGGUUCGGAGCAUGUUACCUAACCUGUAUGAACUCCAGAGGUAGACUGAGUAUAAUACCUAUCAAGAAAGCUUGUAGUGAAGAUUAAGUGAAUUAACAUCUAUGAAAUGCAAAACACAGUACCUGACUCAAAGUAGACAGUAAAGCAGGAUGUUUCCUUCCUCCCUAUGCCUUCUGGCCACACAGGUAACCAAAGAAUGAGGUUGGAAAAGAUUUCAGUGAUUUGAAUCCCCAUGACAAUAACCUUAAUAAGUAAUUACCUACACCCUGAUUAUACUCCAUUAAAAGGAUCUCACCCAUUUUGUCUCUCAAAGAAAAUUGUAUCAUAAGGGAGAGCUCAGAUCACUGAGAUGUUCUUAAAAUCCUGUCUAGAUCCCAAAGAACCAAUCCUCUUAUCCCCUGCCAGUACUUCAGUAUGAUGAAUAGAUUUGUGAACACCAUCUGAUGCCAUACUUACAUCAUGCCUGUUACAAUGGGGUAUAAGCUCCCAGAGUAAGGAGAGGCACUUGCCAAGGGGCAGGGCUGGGGUCCAGCUCCCAGGUCUGACUCAGUGUGAUCCUUGAGAAGUCACUUCUCUUUCUGAACCACAGUUUCCUCAUCUAUAAAAUAAAAAUUAGGCCAUAUUUCUUUCCUUUUCCCUCAUUUAUGAAUAUGCCAAUGAAUAGUUGUUUCCCUUAAAAGACUGACAUCUUUAUAAACUCUCAAGAACCCCAUCUUUGCU